UUGGAUAAAGUAUAAUACUUGGAAUAUAUUUUUUUGUUAGGAUUGGCAAACUCGAUGUGAUACGCAAUUUCUACUAUUAGUGUCAUCUAGUAGAAAUUAUUAGAGCUAAUAUCUUCUACCACAGAAUUUUCUUAAUUUAUAUAUACCCUUCGAAAAGCAAUUUGCAUACUGAUUGUUGCACAGCUGAUCUCGUAAUAUCAUUUAGAACGAUAUUUUUUUGUGUGUUUUUUUAAUACUUAUGAAAAAUCGACUGUGAAAGAACAUUGCAGAUAUUUAGAGGAAAAUGUAUUAAGCAAGUAAUUCAGUAAUAGUGAAUGGAUGAAAAGUGUAUCGUCGAGAUUUACAGAAGUAAAAACCGUGUGAAUAAUCUGUUUUGGUGUUUGAGUUUUAUUUAUUGGACUAGUCAACGGUUAUGGUAUAUUUGUCGGGUACCUGGGGUAUGGGAGAAACAAAAUCGCAGUGCCAUAAUACAAAUAAUUCCUCCUUUCUGCAGGAGAAUGAUGAAGAAGUCGCAUUAUUACCACUCAAAAAUCAGGUUGGUGGACAUACAAGAUUACUUUUAUUAAACCAAAAUACUAUUUGUAAACCAUUAAACUGUAGAGAACUUGAUUUUUAUCAAAACAUUCCACAAGAUAUUCAAGUUUUUGUUCCAAAAUUUAAAGGUGUUUUGCAAGCUUCCAAUAGUGGUGAAGUUACAUUAGAUAAACGUUACAGUCCUAGUUUUAGAGAACAUGAUAAUAGACAAGGACAUAAUUCAAGUAAAAGAAAAAGAGAAGAUGUAUUAAGAAUGAAAAUUCAUCAUGAUAACACAUUAGCAGGAAUAUUAAAACCAGGAAUGCAUUUGGACAAUGCACCAAACAAGCAAUAUUUCCUUUUAUUGGAAAAUAUAACAUCACAAUAUACUCAUCCAUGUAUAUUGGACCUGAAAAUGGGGACCAGACAACAUGGUGAUGAUGCAUCUGUUGAAAAACGUAAUAAACAAAUUGCAAAAUGUGCUGCUAGUACAUCAGCUUCAUUAGGUGUUAGAUUGUGUGGAAUGCAGGUUUAUCAAGCCAAUACCAAUCAUUAUGUGAAAAGGGAUAAAUAUUGGGGUAGAGCAUUAAAUGAAGAAGGUUUUAAAGCAGCAUUGUAUCGUUUUUUUCAUAAUGGCUUUUGUUUACGAACGUUAGUUAUCGAAAAAGUGGUAUCACGAUUAGAACAAUUACGACGUGCAAUAGAGAGACAAAGCAGCUAUCGAUUUUAUUCGUGUUCAUUAUUAGUCGUUUAUGAAGGUUGUCAAAUGGAUUUUUCGGGGUUUGGUCAUUCAUCGUCUUUAUUACAAAUGGACGAAGAUUCAACAAAUUCUAGUUCUAUUAGUGAUGACGGUCCUCAUACUUCGGAUAGCUGUUACGAUGGUGACAUAAGUAACAGUUCCACAGAUUAUAAUCUUUCAAUCGAAGAAGAAAUCGGUCAAACGAGUACUUUACGCAGAGGAUUUGGCAAGGCAACAACUCGAGAGGCCAAACGUAUCGCCAGAUUUUACCCUACAAGUUAUACAGGACACUGUCCCACUCUUAGAUUUCGAGUUGGAAAACGAUUUGGAGCAUGCACUCAAGAAAUUAUGAAGGAAUUACUUGAAAAGAAAAUUCUCAAGACAGGACCUUACAGACCCAAUUGUGAAAAGGAUAUGCGCGAAAACACGACGAUUCUUUGUGAAAAAGAUACAAACACGGAUUGGAAAAAUGAGAGGCAUCUCUUAAAACCUCCUCCUCCAUACAUUUUAGGAUAUACUGGGUAUAUUCCUGGUUUUAAUACUAGAUAUGGUCUAUCUUUUAUGCGAGCAGUGGAAGAAGGUACUAGAGAAUGGCGUGAAAAUCAAAUUAAAUUGAAAGCUCGUAGAGAUCUUACACAAACUACAGAGAGAAACACUAUCUCUAGAAAUCUUUUAUUACAAACUCGAGCUGAUAUAAAUGUUCUAACUGAUCGCGAUAAUGAUAAAAAUCGACUAACUACGUUUCAUUAUGAAAUUUCUCCUGAAAGACCACCAAUCGUAGGUUAUACUGGCCAUAUUCCGGGUGUCAAAGGAGAAGUUGCGCUUUCGAAAAGAUAUGCACAAGCUGCCAAAAAAGGAUUGGAAUUAGUACGAAAGGAACGUGAACAAAGAGUUGGUAAAUUAACGGAUGCUAAUAGUGUAGAAAAAGUUUUAAAUGUGACUCGUUUAAACUGACCUAACGAGAUCGGAUCUGAUCUCCACUGAAAUUUCUCGAAUUUCAAUUUUUCCUUAACAGAAUAAUAUUUAAUAUGUCUCGAAUUUCAAUUUUUCCUUAAUAGAAUAAUAUUUAAUAUAUGCAUAAAUUAACAAUCUUUUUUAAUAAUAAUCUCUACUUGACUAGAAUUAUUCCAUUAGAUAUAAUUUAUGUUUCUAAUUUCAAUUUUUAAUCAAUUUCACGCUGCCGAUAAGGGAUAAAUAUCCAAAUAAAAUUAUCAACAGCUUUUA